AUGCGCUUUCAUAAGUAAGGGGGGAAAGAAGUCUCGUCUGCGUCCGAAACGUCACGCGCGUAUAUACGCCAAUGUGUAAUGACGGAGUUCACUAGAGGUGUUGACAGAAUUACGAGGGAAGGGAAGGAGGAGCGGCGGAGCAGAUGGCUCCAGGGCGACUUGGAGAGCUGGGGCCUGAGCAACGUGACUCUGCGUCCCUACCAGCUGGAGGGCGUGUCGUGGGUCGCGGGGUGCCUGGACCGCGGCCACGGCUGCAUUCUGGGGGACGAGAUGGGUCUGGGGAAGACAGUGCAGUCUAUAUCACUACUGCUGUACCUGAGUGGUUGCAAGAGGAAGUGUGGUCCCUACCUCGUCCUCUGUCCUCUCUCAGUCCUCCACAACUGGCAGUCUGAACUGACCAGGUUUGCCCCAGGGCUGAAUGUGCUGAGCUACUCUGGAGGCAAAGAGGAGCGCGAGGCACAGAGAGAGAGUGUUCUAGCACACCUAACUCACCAGCAUUCAAAGAGACCAGUUCCAUUUCAAGUGAUGCUGGCUCAUUAUGAGGUUGUGAUUCGAGACAACACUUUCCUACAGAAGCUGCCGUGGCAGUGUCUGAUAGUGGACGAGGGCCACAGAUUAAAGAACUCGUCCUCUGUGCUCUACAGACAACUGAAAGAGCUCCGAGUUCCGUUCAGUCUCCUACUGACUGGGACUCCAGUACAGAACAAUCUCACAGAGCUCUACUCCCUCCUGUCGUUUGUGGCUCCUGACGUGUUCCCCGAGUCCAGACUAGAGGCCUUUGUUCAGCACUAUAAUGAUGUCACUGAUCAGUCAGUGGCCUCUGCGCUGCACUCAGUGGUGGAGCCAUUCCUGCUGCGUCGGGUCAAGUCAGAGGUGAUGGAGGACCUCCCAGCCAAGACCGAGGUGGUCCUCUACACCGGACUCUCCUCCAUGCAGAAGAACUACUACAAGGCCAUUCUCACCAAAGACCUCAGUGCAUUUGGUGAGGGAGGCAGUAAGACGAGGCUAAUGAACAUCCUGACACAGCUCCGUAAGUGUGUCAACCAUCCCUACCUCUUUGAUGGGGCUGAACCUGAGACGUUCCAACUAGGAGAACACCUCGUGACCACCAGUGGGAAGCUGUAUGUGAUUGACAAACUCUUGAACCAUCUAAAACAAAGGGGUCACCGUGUCCUGAUGUUCUCUCAGAUGACACGAAUGUUGGAUAUCAUACAGGACUACCUGGGAUACAGAGGCUACUCGUAUGAGAGACUGGAUGGCUCGGUGAGGGGGGAGGAGAGAUUUCUGGCAGUGAGGAACUUCUCCGAGGACGAACAGACGUUUGUCUUCCUCCUGAGCACCCGGGCGGGCGGUCAGGGGCUGAACCUGGUCGGAGCUGACACGGUCGUCAUUGUGGACUCUGACUUCAACCCUCAGAAUGACCUCCAGGCAGCAGCAAGGGCCCAUCGCAUCGGCCAGACCAGGCCAGUGAAAGUGAUUCGACUGGUGACGAGGCAUUCGGUGGAAGAAAUGGUUCUAAAAAGAGCCAUGGCCAAACUACAGAUGACGUCUACUGUCAUUGAAGGAGGCCAGGUCUAUAAGGAGAAACUUGUAUUUCUGAUGUGUAUAUACGUACCUCUAUGCUCUGUUGUGUCUGGUAUAGUUCACACAUGGCACAGUGUCGUCGUCAUCAGUGGCGACUGACUCGGCCCGGCUCUCAGACAUCCUCAAGUUUGGUCUGGACACUCUCCUGGGCUCUGAGGAGAGCUCAAUUGUGGAUGAAGAUUUUGAGCGUAUUCUAGGUCGUCAGUGAGGGAGGUGAGUGGGUCUCUGAGACUGGGAGAGGUAGCCCCUGAGCCUGAAGAUGGUGCAGAAGAGGCUGGUCCUGAUACUAUGUAUGUGUAUGAAGGGAAGGAUUACUCCAAAGUCAGUGAAUCAGACAAAAAGACUUUUGACCAACUCUUGGCUGAGAAAUUGCGACUGUCUGAGUCUGCCAUAGGAGAGAGAGCUCUCCGUAGCAGUGGGGGUGGUGGUAAUGAGACUGGGGCCAGGGGAGGAGCCCUGGCUGCUGGUCUGACACUGCCCGAGGGGAGGAAGAGACGACAGUUAUCUGAUGAGGAACUAGAAGUCAGGAGGAAGAAGAGAGCUGAGCUGAAGGCAAAGAGAGCGAAACUUAGAGAAGAACAGGAGCAGAGGAAGCUGGAAGAGAAGAGGAAAAAGAGGGAGGAGUUUUGGAGACGAAAUGGGUACACUUCCCAGAACUGUCCUCUGGAGGGUAGUAGCGAGGAAGAAGAGGAGGAGGGGGAGGAGGAGGAGGAGGAGGAAGAACGACAGAUCAACUAUGUUGUUGGAGAUGUGACUCAACCUCAAAACACUGGCAGCAGUGAUGCCAUUAUUAUUCACUGUGUCGAUGACUCUGGGAGGUGGGGUAGAGGUGGUCUGUUCUCAGCCCUCUCUGCUCGCUCCCCACAGCCACAGGUACACUAUGAGCUGGCCGGCCAAAUGAAAGACCUACACCUGGGAGAUGCUCACAUUGUUCCAGUGGAUGAUGUCAUGUCACGACCAAGUGGAGCAGAUAUGGUGGCUCUGAUAGUGGCCCAGGUGAGGGAAGCAGGAGGGAGACUGUCAGGGAUCAGACUCUCUGCUCUCACCACUGGCCUGCAGAGAGUGGCCCGACUGGCCCUCAGGAGGAAAGGUCCCUCACUAUUAUCAUGACCAACUAUGUAUAAGCCUCAUA